AGCUUCAACUUAUCCCACAGAAGAGCGCACAGCUCCCGAAUCGUCAUAAUUUUUGACGGACAAAGUACAGUAGCAGCAACAGCUUCUCGAGAACAACAAAGCCACCAUGCCGUACGCCAACCAGCCUCAAGUCCACCUGACCGAACUCAGCGACGAGAACGUCAAGUUCGUCAUCGAGGACACCGACCUGUCCAUGGCCAACGCCGUGCGGAGGAUCUUCAUCGCCGAGGUGCCGACCCUGGCCAUCGACUGGGUGCAGCUGGAGGCGAACUCGUCGGUCCUGCAUGACGAGUUCAUCGCGCAUCGCGUCGGGCUCAUCCCGCUCACCAGCGACGACAUCGUGGACAGGAUGCAGUUCUCCCGAGACUGCACAUGCGCCGAGUUCUGUGCCGACUGCGCCAUCGAGCUGACCUUGGACGUCAAGUGCACGGACGACCAGACCCGUCACGUGACCACCAGGGAUCUCGUCUCCAGUAACCCCCGUGUGGUGCCGGUGACGUCACGGCGAGCGGAGGAUGAGACAGCGGGUUACGGCGAGGCUGACGACAUCCUCAUCGUGAAGCUGCGGAAGGGGCAGGAGCUGAAGCUGCGAGCCUUCGCCAAGAAGGGGUUCGCCAAGGAACACGCCAAGUGGAACCCCACGGCGGGGGUGGCGUUCGAGUACGAUCCUGACAACGCCCUCAGGCACACGCUCUAUCCCAAACCGGAGGAAUGGCCAAAGAGCGAGUAUACAGAACUAGAUGACGAGACGGCGCAGGCACAGUUCAAUCCAGACGGAAAACCCAACAAGUUCUUCAUCAACGUGGAGUCGACGGGCGCGCUGCGGCCCGAGAAUAUCGUCCUGACGGGACUGAGCAUCCUGAAGAAGAAACUGAGUGACUUGCAGACGCAGCAUAGCCACGAGAUCCAGAGUGACGUGCUGACCAUCAGCUAGACUGGAACUUCCUGAUAUUUCUUUACACCGGUUAUGAGAACUAUAUUUUACAACACUGUAUUUGCAUAACAGGUUUAACUGCCCUUUGCCUUUGGCAUAACACACCAGCUUAAAUUCUGUAUCUGUAUAGCCAGUAUAUACCUGCCCUUCCACAUGACACACCAGCUUUGCAGGUACAUGGUGUGGUGGCAGCUGGCUAUGUUACACUAAACAACCUGUUACACCUAGGCUACAGUAACUGAGGAUAUCGUAGUGACAACUGACAUACAGUCAUACUGGUAAAUGUAACAUCAGUUUUCAUAAUUAUUCUGGGUACACCACAUUAAUAGUACAGUGUCAGAUAUAGAAGGAAACCCAGCAGAUAAAUGGUUUCAUGUACAUUGUAUAUACUUUAUACUUAUAGAAGUUUUGCAUUUUUCACUCCUGACUUGUUACAACUUCAACCUUGGUGUAAAAGUACUGUAUAUGACAGACUGUAAUGUAUGUAGAGAUUACAAAGAGCAUGCAUGCAUGCAUGCAUCAGCUACAUGGGGAGCAGCUACUUGUAACAUUAUUUUUCUUUCUUCCCAUCAUAAUUCUGUAAUUGAUGUCACUGUCAUUGAUGUGACUAAUGUGAGAAAACAAGUCACAGGACACAGCAGUCAGAGUCUAAAAUACUGUUACUUUAUUUUCUGUAGACAAAUAAACAGCAAUCAUCUGGAAAUACAAAGUCUAUUCCAGUCAACAUAAUCAAGUCGUGGUCACAAGACAAGUUUCUUGGGUUCUUACAGAUAUUAAGUAGUUUUUUUUCAGAGAAGUGAAACGAUGGGAAAAAAACAAAAAAAAAAAA